GCAGCCAAUAUAUAUGUUAAACACUCACUAUUCUAUAGCAUUAAGUUCUUGAUACAGUGAAAAAAUGGUGGGAAUAAAUGAAGAAACCCAAAGAGCAGCACAACAAGAAGAACAAAGUGGUGAUCAUCAAAGGUCAGGACAUGUGAAAAACCUAGUUAAGAUAGAUUUAUUUGACUUGGAGGUUGCUUCUGGAGGUGGGACUAACACUCGUAAGGUGGCAGAUUGGGCAACUAUAUUGAAGCUUGCAUUUCAAUGCAUUGGAGUUGUUUAUGGUGACUUAGGGACAUCUCCAUUAUAUGUGAUUCCUGGUGUUUUUCCUGAUGGGAUUAAGGAAAAGGAUGAUCUCAUUGGGGUUCUCUCUUUGAUUAUUUACUCCAUCAUUUUUAUCAGCUUCAUUAAGUAUGUCAUUGUUGUUUUGGCUGCCAAUGAUAAUGGAGAUGGAGGAACAUUUGCAUUAUAUUCUCUAAUAUGCCGGCAUGCCAAGGUGAACUUGAUACCAAACCAGCAGGUUGAAGACAAAGAACUAUCGAAUUAUAAGUUGGAAGUGCCAGAUCGACGUGCGAAGAUGGCUUCAGCAAUCAAAUCAUUGCUCGAGAAGAGUUCUGUAAUGAAGUAUUUUAUGUCCUUCUUGAGCAUGCUUGGAGUCUCCAUGGUUCUUGGAGAUGGCAUUCUUACGCCAUGCAUGUCUGUGCUAUCCGCGGUUGGAGGUAUCAAGGAAGCUAAUUCUAGCCUUAAUGAUGACACAAUAAUGUGGAUAUCAGUGGUGAUAUUGAUUUUAUUGUUCCAAGUUCAGAGGUUUGGAACUGACAAAAUUGGAUACAGUUUUGCUCCAAUUCUUUUGGUGUGGUUUAUUUUUAUUGCAUGUAUUGGGGUCUUCAACUUUUUCAAGUAUGACCCUGGAGUCAUCAAGGCUAUCAAUCCAUGGUACAUUGUGCAGUAUUUGCAGAGGAAUAGAAAUGAUAUAUGGGUUACUCUUGGCGGUGUGGUUUUGUGCCUGACAGGUUCUGAAGCCUUGUUUGCUGAUCUGGGACACUUCAACAUACGAUCAAUUCAGCUGAGCACAUGCGUUGUAGUCAUCCCCUCAAUCUUACUGUGUUAUAUUGGUCAAGUUUCAUAUCUUCGAGAACAUACUGGGGAUGCUUAUAAUGCAUUUUACAGCUCAAUUCCAAAACCGGUGUAUUGGCCACAAUUUGUUUUAGCAGUACUGGCAUCCAUCAUUGCUAGUCAGUCAUUAAUCUCUGCUGCCUUCUCCAUCAUCCAACAAGCUGUCGCGCUUGGGUCUUUUCCGCGGAUUAAGGUGGUUCAUACAUCCUCAAAAUACGAAGGACAAGUUUAUGUUCCUGAGAUCAAUACCUUUUUGAUGAUUGCCUGUGUAGGGGUCACUCUUGGUUUCAAGACCACAUUGCAUAUGGGCAAUGCUUAUGGACUUGCUGCGACGGGGGUUUUCGUAAUCACCUCAGCAUUUAUGAUUCUCAUUAUGAUCAUGAUAUGGAAGACCCACAUCAUCCUCAUCAUCGCCUAUGUUCUUACCAUCGGUGUCUUCGAAUGUUCGUUUCUGAUUGCCACACUAGGCAAAUUCAUUGAUGGAGGUUACCUGCCUUUGCUACUAGCCUGCCUUGUGGUCUCAAUCAUGACCACCUGGAGCUACGGUCAUAGGAAAAAGUACAUGUACGAGCUCGAAAACAAAGUAGCAGCACACAGGAUAGCUGACAUAGUUGCUGACGAGCGUAUCCACCGAGUGAAAGGCCUCGGCUUAUUCUACACCCACCUGGUUCAAGGCAUCAGUCCUGUAUUUACUCACUACAUUUCAAGCGUGCCUGCCCUGCACACAGUCCUGGUAUUCGUCUCGAUCAAGUCGGUAACCAUAAGCAAAGUGGCUGCUGAGGAGCGGUUCCUCUUUCAGCGGGUAAAGCCUGAGGAGAUGAUCUUUCGUUGCAUCGUAAGGUACGGAUACAGAGAUUCAAGAAAAGAACAAGAGGACUUCGAGGGGAUGCUGGCAGAUCAACUGAAAGAGUUCAUAAAAGAAGAAGAGGGGGAAGAUGUUGAGAGGGAAUUAGCAGUGGUGGAUCAAGCAGUGAGGGAUGGGGUUGUUUACUUGAUGGGUGAAGCUGAGGUCAUGGCUUCAAAUGGAUCAAGCUGUGUCAAGAAAUUAGUGGUGGAUUACUUGUACAACUGGUUGAGCAGAUCAGUUAGGCCACCAGAUGAAGUUUUGUUGAUCCCUCGAAAGAGAUUACUCAAAGUGGGGAUGAACUAUGAAGUGUAGCAGAGCUCAGAAUUCUUCAUCUUCUUCUUUUCUGCAUCAUUCUAUCAGUAUUCAAGUUUAGGCUUUGUUUAAAGAUUCUUAAGUCAUGUUUUUUUUUUUUAUUAAAUUUAUGAUUUCUGCAAAUUGAAACUUUUGUUUCUUGAAGUUAAGAUUUUCAUUCACUUUAUGCCAUUGGAUGACAUAAUUAAUUGCAAAGCGAUUAGUACGCCAGAAUAUAUGUACAAGUCUUAAUGGGUUUGUUUGUUAAAAAAAAAAAAGUCUCCAGGGUUUUUAUUUAGAAAUUAGUUGAAUAAAGCAUUAAAUCUUUAUUUUAUAUUUUCUAAUUAGAUUAUAAAUAAUUAUUUUUUUAUUUUAACUUAUUUUGAAAUGUCUAUGCUUCCAAAAUACUUUCUAUUUAAUCUUUUAUCAAUAUAAAAAAAGAGAAAAAAAGAAAAAAUAAAAAGAGAGAAUGUAAUUCUUAAUAAAAUAAUAACAAAAUACUCUUAAAAAUUAUUUUUUUCUUUCUUAAAUUUAA